AUGGGGACAACUGAAGUGGAAGCCGUGCCGCUGAAAACGCUGGAGUCGGUCCAUCUGAUCGAUCUGGUCCAUCUGGUCGACGCCGUCGCUGUGCCGCCGCCGCCGACUCGACUACUCGCCCUCGAACUCUCUCGUGCUGGAGACGGCGCGGCACGGGGCCGGACAGGCAGCGACGGGGCGAGGCACGAACGAAGCGGAAGGAGGAUGUUGAGACGUAAAGCGAUGGCGCGAGAAACGACGGAGCAAACCUGGGGGUCACACGAACCAAGCAAGGACAUCACAACUGAGGAAGGAAGGACAACUCUUGAAGCAAGUCCAAGAAUUCAGAAAUCUUCAUAA